CACCGCAGUGAACGGACGCGGAAUGCCUUGCUCCGUAGGGGCGGAUACAGCGGCCCUCGGCCGUGGCACCAGGUGUACGGAUAAGCCUUACCCGGAUUAUCAAGUUGUUUUGCCUCAUCUGCCUUCAGGUACAUCAGUUUUGUAUACAGUAUUUUUGCACGCGGAUAUUAAAACCAGGCCGUAUCGGGUCGAGCACUUUCGAGAUGCGCUCGCGCGUCUUGCACUGCUGCCGGAAGUGGUGGCCCUUGGCGCCUUCCAAAUGAACCAUGUGUGGGCGGUGACCUUCCGUGAUGAAGCUUCGAAGAAAAAGAUGCUUGCGGCAGAAACAUUCAACGUGAAAGACCAGCCCUGUGUCGUUUAUGAUCCCUGCAACCAAGGCAUCAGACUGAAGCUUUAUUGGCUGUUGCAUUUCGUUCACGACGACGAGGUUCGAGCAGCGUUAGCCCCUUACGGAAAGGUUACAGAUAUCGCCCGCGAAAAGUGGCGGGUACAGGGAUGUAAUGAUAAAGGGUCCACCACCCGUUUGGUGACACUCUUGCCAAAGCCUGGAAUUACAGUUGAAGACUUGCCUCAUCAGGUGCGCGUCGCGGAAAACUUAGCGCUCGUGCAUGUACCAGGAAGGCCCCCGUUAUGCCUCCGGUGCAAUGGAACUGGACAUAUCAGGCGCGAGUGUCGCAUACCACGCUGUGCACUCUGCCGACGAUUCGGCCACGAAGAACAAGACUGCGUGCGAUCCUAUGCAGCGGUAACAAGUCCAGUUAAAGGCGACGAGAUGGCUGAACACAUAAUGGACCAUGCUGAUGCCGAUGCAGCAUCCCGAGCAACGACCGAAGAACCGGCGGCAGACAGCACACCCUCUGACGCGUCUCCACUUCAGGAAAACUCCACUGGGCCCGGCGACAGCCAAUCUGGCGAGGCAAAGAGCGUGCUGGUUGGGAAGCCGACUAAUGACCAAAACGUCAAUGAGAGAAAGGACGCGAUUUUAGUAAGCGCAUCAGUGACUACCGCGAAAGACGAGAACGAAGGCAUUGAGGAUGUUGAAAUGACAGCAGCCGCUAAAGCAGCUGCAAAGAGGCCUCGUGAGGCCACUGACGGAUCUCAAGCCUCACCCGAACCAUCGAGCAGCGGCGAGCCGUCGCCGAAGACCGCUAUAACGAGACGAAUGGGCCUCAAACCGAAGCCGAAGAUACCGCCUGAUAGGCGGUCGGCUUCAACAUCGACCCCGACUUAG